CCCAGAUGCCCGUGUGUCUCGAGCGCUUAUACCGUUGCGUGUUAUUGAACCGCAACAGUGAAUAAACGCGUCCUCUCCUCUCUUCGCAAACACAGGGCUUUGGGAUUAACACGAGGAUUUAAACAGAAUAUUACUUCAUGCAGUUUUUGCGUAAAACAGGACGUACACGUGAAUGCAGCAUUUAAAGCCCUUAUUAUAAAUAAGAAUAUAUCUGUAUCCGGAGCGCGUGCCCGUCACAUCAUUUCAUCAUUUUACAUUUAUCCGCAGACAUGGACGAGGACAACCAAGGUGUCCAGCUCUUGUGUUGUGAAACAGUACCUGAAGACCUGUCGCUGGAUGAGAAAGAGGAACUAUCCAACAUACGCCGGAGGAAAAAAGAACUACUCGAUGAUAUUGAGAGGCUGAAGUUUGAGAUCGCUGAAGUCAUGACAGAAAUCGAGCAGCUCACGAGUGUUGGCGAUAGCAAAACGACGCAGAGAAACAAACAAAUUGCAAUGGGAAGAAAAAAAUUCAACAUGGACCCCAAAAAGGGGAUUCAGUUUCUUCUGGAGAAUGACCUCCUGCAGCACACCCCCGAAGACAUCGCACAGUUCCUCUAUAAAGGCGAGGGCUUGAACAAAACCAUUAUUGGGGAUUACCUAGGAGAACGCGAUGACUUCAACAUCAAAGUGCUUCAGGCUUUUGUGGAGCUUCAUGAAUUUGCCGACCUCAACCUCGUUCAGGCUCUCAGGCAGUUUCUCUGGAGUUUCAGACUGCCUGGUGAAGCACAGAAGAUCGACAGAAUGAUGGAGGCGUUUGCAUCCCGGUACUGCCAAUGCAACCCUGGAGUCUUCCAGUCCACAGACACAUGUUAUGUGCUGUCCUUUGCCAUCAUCAUGUUGAACACCAGCCUUCACAAUCCCAACGUCAGAGAUAAACCUGCUGUAGAGCGUUUCAUUUCCAUGAACAGAGGCAUCAAUGAGGGAGGAGAUCUGCCGGAAGAGCUCCUCAGGAACCUGUAUGAGAGCAUCAAGAGCGAGCCCUUCAAAAUCCCAGAGGAUGAUGGAAAUGACCUCACUCACACAUUCUUUAACCCGGACAGAGAGGGCUGGCUGCUUAAAUUAGGUGGACGAGUGAAAACAUGGAAGAGGAGGUGGUUUAUUCUGACCGACAACUGCUUGUACUAUUUCGAGUACACAACAGACAAAGAACCGCGUGGAAUCAUCCCUCUGGAGAACCUCAGCAUCAGAGAGGUGGAGGAACCGCGAAAACCUAACUGUUUUGAGUUGUACAAUCCAAACCAUAAAGGACAGGUGAUCAAGGCGUGUAAGACAGAGGCAGAUGGACGGGUGGUGGAGGGGAACCAUGUGGUCUACAGGAUAUCAGCACCCACACCCGAAGAGAAAGAAGAAUGGAUCAAAUCCAUCAAAGCGAGCAUCAGCCGGGACCCCUUCUACGACAUGCUGGCCACCAGGAAGAGACGCAUCGCCAACAAGAAGUGAAAAGCGCCUUCCAACCCCAAUACCACAUGAUCUGCACACGCCGCCUUCUCGGACAGCCUUUGUGCGAAUGUGUGUGUGUUUAACGGUUUACAACAGCUGAAGAAUUCAAUGUUUAUAGUUCAUUUCUUGUGUUUCUGCUAGUGUAAAAACACAGCUGUCAGGGGCUGUUUGUGUUUGCAUGGAUGUUGGUUUGUGUAUCUGGGCAAAUCACUGAAGAGCCCGGAGUUUAAGAAUUCUCACUUCACAGAAAAGCCAUUUGUUUCAGAUGAGAUGAGAUGAGAUACUUUAUAGUCGCAGUGUGGUCGUACAGGCCACGUCACAAUCUCUUAAGGUGCUAGAAGACUUCCAGUGAGUGUGACCUCAGAGGAAGUCAGAGGUCAGAGAUGUCAAUAAGAUCUGUGCUUACGUGAGGUGCCAGUCUGGAGUCAGCUGGACUGAUUUCAUUUUGUAAGACUGAGAAAUGACAAACAUACAUGUGUAGUUUAAAGUCCCCGUGAACCGGAAAUUGCGAUUGUUUUUACUUCUCUAUUCUAACGCAUUUCUGAGCGAAAAGGAGUUUCAAAAGAGUAAAUUAGUGGCCGUGGCUUACAUUUUUUACUGCAAAUUGAUUGGAUGUAUAAGAACAGCUGUUGCAUUUUGAAAUGAAACCAGCAGCAGACUGACAGUUGAAGGGGAGGAGUUAACAGAUGCUCCCCAAAGUUGUCUAAUUUACGUCAUUUGAGAUGGAUCGUCAUUUCGGGGCGGAAGUGCAUUUUCAGAUUUUAACCGUGGAUUAUUAGGGUACAUGACUUUUAAAAAGAAAAUGAGCCACAUUGAAAAGCUAUUUACUAUAAUCGCUGCAAUAUUUCAUGAAAAAAUAAGUAUUGUAAUUUUAAUUUCACUGGGACUUUAAGAUAGUGUUGUACAUCCAUUUAACCUUUCGUUUCUGAUCUCGCAAACAGUCUCACGGGAAUUCGUGACUUUGUCACAAACUGUAAUCUUUUAAUUUGUGUUUACUGACACUAAUUUCCUUUUUUGUGUCAGUCAGCACAACUUUUUUCGUGUCACCCAGCACGUCUUUCAAUCUAAUGUAUUUUAAUACACAAUAUCUUCAUAUGUAUAAAGAUAUAUCAACGUAAUCUGAUGGGAAUUCAUACGUAUUUUAAAAGGUGGCCCAUUCGUUUGAAUUCCUAUUUCCUGCGAUCUCAUUGGUAUGUUUCGUUAUGAUUUGAGUUUUCCUCUGUGAUGUUGGGUUUAGGGGCGGGGUUGGGGAGCAAUUUAUCCUUUGUUUAACCACCUCGUGAAACUCUUGUUUCGAGCAAAUUUAGGGUCUGGGGUGAAGUAAGGUGUUGGUUAACCACAUCCUAAAAUAUGUACUACUUCUUUUGAUAUAAGGUUACACAUAUAUAAAUGUAAAUACACACAGUCUGUUUAAAGAAAGUCGUGCUGAGUGACAUUAAAAAAGGAUGUGCUCACUAACACCAAAAAAAUGGGGAUAUUCUUUUCCAUGAACACGAAUUCAUAGAUUCCAAAUUUUGGGUCUACGCCACAAACUGUCUUGAGACUGGGUUAGAUCUUGAGUAUAGAAGACUCUUGCAGUUGAUGUUUUGAUGUAAUACGAAUGAAUUUGCUCGCCUUUGUGGUCCCUUUACAAGUACAGUUGAACGUUUUAAUAUUUAUUUUCUUUGUGAAAUUUUAUUCGGCUCGAUUGGUAAGCUAUAGAUCUAAGUUAUGUGUAAAUACUGUAAACUUUUGUCCUCUUUGUGUAAGUACAAUCUGUAGCAUAUAAAUCUACUGGUUCUCUAUAAAAUUAAGGCUGUCUGCUCCAUAGCCUUUAACUAAUGUACUUCUGUCAGGGAAAAUGACCGCGUCAUUCUGGAACAUGAAGACUUUUUAAAAAUCCAGUGGGAAUUUAUAUGUGUUGUAAAAUAAAAGUCCAGUCCAGGGUUAUAAAACUA